CUGAUCAAAUCGCCGAGUUGCGAUUUUGAUUAUUUCUGUAUUGCAAUUUUUUUUGAUGUAGUUACAUGCACUUGAAUUGAAUUUAGAGAAAAUGAGAGAAAUAAAAUUAACCCGUAAUUUUUUCUUGUGGUGUAUGUCUGUUAUAUACUUGUCUGCUUUUAGCUCCUUAUAUGUGCAGCUACCAGGUCUGUAUGGUGACAAUGGAAUAUUGCCGGCAAGGGCCAUUAUUUCAAUUGAAGAAGGAGCUGAUGUGGUUAAGAAAAAAGCUGAACAAAUGCCAACACUUUUAUGGUUGGCUCCUGCACUUGGAAUUGAUGUACCUCUCAUGAUGGAUUUAAUUGCUCUCUUAGGGAUAGUUGUAUCAUUUGGUAGUAUGGUAUGGGGUCGUAUGCGAGACAUGGCUAAUUUUACUUUGCUAUGGAUAUUAUAUUUCUCCCUAUUUCAGAUUGGGCAAACAUUUCUGUGGUUCCAAUGGGAUACUUUAUUACUUGAAGUUGGUUUUUUGACAAUUCUUGUUGCACCAAUGGGAUUCUUACAAAGUUCAGUUAAAAGUGGAUUUUUCUCAUAUUUGCCUCAUCGACCUAAUGAUAUUAUUUCCAUGUGGCUUGUUCGAUGGCUACUUUUCAAAUUCAUGUUUGCAUCUGGAGUUGUGAAGUUAACAAGCAUGUGUCCAACUUGGUGGGAUUUAUCAGCUCUAAACUAUCAUUUUGAAAGUCAGUGCAUUCCUACGCCAUUAGCUUGGUAUGCUCACCAUCUUCCCAAAUGGUUUCUAAAGCUAGGAGUUGUAGGAACGUUUAUUAUUGAAAUUCCUAUUCCGUUUCUAUUUUUUGCUCCAGUUCGUUCUCUCAGAUUAUUUAGUUUUUAUUCUCAGGUUUUCUUUCAAAUUUUGAUAAUACUAACUGGAAAUUAUAAUUUCUUCAAUCUUCUUACAAUUGUUAUGUGCUUGUCUUUGGUGGAUGAUGAUUUCCUUCUUAGUUUGGUUGGUCGUCCUGCUCCAGCAAGCAAAUCAACUGGAGGAACUGCACUUAGAUGGACUAAAAAGUUAUUUACUUUAGCUGUUGAAAAUAUUGUAAUUAUUUGUUUGCUGUAUGGCACAGUAAAGUUUUUUUCACUCAGGCUUCUUCCUGAUUGGACUGUCGAUAGUAAAAUAGCUUUCACUGCUUCUGAAUUUAGAAAUGCUUUAACAGAAAUUAUGCCUGUUACUAUUUUUAUUGGAGCUCUUUCUCUUUGUGCAAAUAUUCUUCUAGCUCUUUACAGAUCAAUAAUUGAACCUGGAUUUUUCAAGAAGCUUUAUGCUUUGAUUGGUACUGUUUUUGUAACAUGUUCUGCAUUAUGGCUUUUCAUUAUCAGCCUGGUUCCACAUGCCGCUUUGGAUAUUAGAACUCGUAAUAAUCUGUGGCCAAUUGUACAUCAAUGGCAUAAAAGAGUAGAUGAAUUUCACAUAUCAAACUCAUAUGGCUUAUUCAGAAGGAUGACUGGUAUUGAUGGGCGACCAGAAAUUGUUAUUGAAGGUAGUAAUUCCCUCUCAACUGGAUGGAAAGAAUAUCAUUUCUUAUACAAAACUGGCAAUCCUUCUGAAUGUCCGCCUGUUCUUAUUCCUCAUCAACCACGAUUAGAUUGGCAAAUGUGGUUUGCUGCUCUUGGAAAUUAUGAACAUAAUCCAUGGUUUGUCAGUUUAAUUUAUCGUCUGUUGGAUGGAGAAAAAGAUGUUUUAAAACUUUUGGAUACUGAGCGCUUGCCAUUUCCACCUAACAAGCCUCCAAAAUACAUCAGAGCCAUUCUUUAUAAAUAUCAUUUCACUUCUCCAAGUAGCACUAAGAAAAAAUCCCAUGAUUGGUGGACUCGGCGAAAAGAGCGAGAAUAUUUCAGUAGUGCAAACUUGGAUGAAAAGGAAAUGGCUGAAUUCUUGAGUGAUGCUGGCAUACCAUUGGAAAAAACUCGCUUCUUGAGAGUCACCAAUGCAUACUUGAAAAAGACCUUAAUAUUUAUAAGAGAUUAUGUUACCUCAAUCAAACCAACUACUUUUAUUUGGUCAUUGAUUGGUACCGGUUUCUGUAUCAAUUUCCUUGCACCAAUAAUAAGAUUAUGAACUUUUUUUAAAUAAAAAUCCAGGGAAAACUAAGUGAAUGAUCUAUCUUAAUGGAAGUGAACGCUUAGCGGACUGUGUUUGAAUUAUCUAUAAAAGGUUUCGGAUGUGAGGCUGAAAUAUCAUUGAACAUCUCAUAAAUUAUACUUUAUUUCAGUUAUUUAUAAAGUGCAUGACAUAAUAAAAAUGUAUGCAUCUGUGUUAAAUAUUAGAAAAAAAAUAUUUAAGAUUGAUUAAAGAAUUUGAAUUUACAAAGCACAAAAAAAAACCCUUUUGAAACUUUAAUGUGAAAUGUGACUUUUUUGAUUUAUGAGGAAUAAUGUGCAUAAGAUAUUUUGUAUUUCUAUAUGAUAAACUUGUUUAUUAUGCUAUUCCUCAAAAUAGUUUCAUUACUUUUAUUUCCUGUUUUGUAUUCUUUUUUUUUUUCAUGUGUUGAUCUUAACUUUUUUAUUGUUGUGGAUUUCAGUUUUUGGAAUGUUUCUGGAAUUUAUGUAAUUGUUACUUGCUAUAAAUUAAUUACUUUUUGUACCUGAGUAUUAUCUUUAUAUAAUCCCAUUUAGAUUUAUUUAAAUGGAUAGUUUUAUUUUCUAAUUAAAAAUAAUUUGUGUAAUGUUUAUAUUGUAACUUUAAAACAUAAAUAGAUUGAAAUGAAACAAUUUCUGCUGCAAAUUAUUUAGUCUUUUUUUAGAGACUAUUUCCUUAUAACGCUGUUAUCAUUCAUCUCUGUGCAAAUUAACUAAAUGCUUCAAAUUUGUUUUUAAAAUUGUUUCAUACUUUUUUCAAAUGUAAGAAGUUACAAGAAAUCUACAUACAUUUUUUAAAAAUAAUCACUGCACAUAUAGGGUAAAUAAAUAUAAAUAUUGUGGGUAAUAAGUUUGAAUGUGAAGAUAUUAAGAAUAAAAUUACUAGUUCAGUUUUAUAUCUUUACUUUUCUAAAUGUGUAAUUAUUUCAAUAAAAGUGAGGAAAAAAACUUUGCGACUUAUUAUAUAUAUAUAUAUAAUGUUUUAUGUAUUUGAAUAAUUUUUAAUAUAAAAGUAUUGCCUUUUGUGAUGUUAAUUCUGGCAAAUUAGUGAGAAUGCUGAAAAAAAUUUGUGAAUUGAAUAUCUCUUGCCAUUCCAUGGUUCUUUCAUCCCUAAAUCAUUCCCACUCUUAAUGCUGAUUUUGUUAAAUUUGGAGCAUGCACUGCCAUUUGUGUUAUUUUUCAUCUUUGUCUGUUCCCUCCUGUUUCCUUUUGGAGUAAGGAAGAAUUUGUAAUUUUAUGCAGGAUUUUUUAUCAUUCUUCCCAAAUUUUAUGAAAAGAAUGGAUGGCAUUUUGUCUUAUCUAUUAAAAUGUAGUGAGAAAGUUUUCCAUUAAGAGUACUUUUUUUUUUUAAUGAAAAACAUGUCUUUUGCAACAUUUUUUUCAAUAAUAAUAUGACUGAACAGUUGUGCCUGAGUAACUAGUGAUUGUAAGAAUUGUAUUAUAAAUGUAAAGAAAAGUGAGCAAUAGUUACUACCAGUAGCUCAGAAACACAUAAUUUAAUGAUACAAAAAAAAUAUUUUUUUAAUUUCUGUUAAGUCAAAAUUGCCAAGUCUUUUAGUGCCGGUUGUCUUUGUAUUUUAAAGUACAAAAUUAUAUGAAUUUAUUAUUUGUUUUAUUUAUUGGUCUUUAACUAGUGUAGCAAUUCUUAUUUGGUAUAUUCCAAAAUAUUAUAUACAAAUAAUAAUUAACUUUGCUUGAAUAAUUAAUUUAUUGCAUGGAAAGUAAUGGGGGGGCUAGAAACUGGAAGAGUACUAACAUCUUGACUUGGAAUAUGAUUAAGGAUCGAGUAUUAUCCUUUGUAGAUCUAAUAAAAACUUUAAAAUACUUUUUUCACAAUUUAUAUGGAAUUUCUCUUUGCAUACUAAAUAAUUUUAAUUAACAGUUUAAAGAUAUUUUAAUUUGUAUCAUGAAAUAAUUUUGAAACUUAUAUUUCUUCAGUUUAAGACAAGAUUUUUCCAUUCAGACUUUAAUUAUAGAAUGUAAUUUAAAAAGUGAUAAUUUUAAGCAACUUAAAAUAUAACCUAAAAUCUUUGAAAGAAAAGGUCAGCAAACAUUACAAAAUGUGUACAGUUGUAUAGCCUUACUGAAUAUACCCCCCUCUGGGCAUCACUCAUUCAAUGCUAUACUUUUUGUUUCUCCCCCUCCCCACUCCAUGAAAAUUCAUUUGGAGAUGUCUCUCUUUACUUUUUAAUUUUUGAUACAUCAUGCUCCCAUUUUACAAUAGUUGUUUUGCUUUAAUAAUAAUUAUUGUUUUUUCAGAAUUUUCUAUUGUUUUUAUUAAGCUGUAAAUUUGGAAAUUCAUAAAAUCGUUUUACUUAAUUGCAUGUACUAAGUUUUUGCAGUCAUUCUGUAUAUAAAAUUCUUUGCAAUAAUCUGCAAAUUAUUGAGAAUCAUUCAACUCAUUAAUGUAGCAACAUGUGAUCUUUGAUGUAAUGAUCAUUUUUCAUAAUACUUAACUAUGUUUAAAUGACUUAAAAUAGAUUUUUUUUUUUUUUUUUUUUUGCACAAUAAGGAUAUUAUGUAUAGAAUUUGUUUCUUAAAUUAACAUUUUAAUGUUUUAUUUGAAUGUUUUAUUGAAAUACAUUCUAAAUUUAUAUGAAAUCCAAUCCUCGGCCUAUGUUUGGAUCAUAUGAAAUGGUUUUCAUAUUAAUUUUUUUAUGUUGCCUUUUUUUUUUUUUUUUUUUUUUUCAUUGUUCUUUCUUCCAGGUUUUUUCUGUUAAUAAUUUUUCUCAAUUCUUAUAGUUAUUUUAGGUAUAAGGGUUGUAGGAAGAGAUAAUUACAUAUGUGAAACCAAUUACUUUUAGGAAUUACAUAAAUAUACAGAUUAUUAAAAUUCCUGUGUUUAAGCCCUAAAAUGUAUUCUGGUCUUCAAGCUUUUUUAAUCAGCUUUGCACAGUCAUUUGUGCUUGUACUAGCCUUGAAGUCCAUAUGAACCUUCAAGAAUAUAUUUCUUAAGUGCUGAUUUUAUUAUUUCUUUAGUUAUAUUAUUGAUUAUUAGGUAUUACAAUAUUUUAUCAUUAAAAUUAUUGAUUUUGUGUUGUUUUAGAUUUAUUUUUAACUCGCAUUUAUUAAAUAGCAUUUGUUGCAAAAAUUGUUUUAAUUUAGUUUAACAAGUUAUGUAGGUAUUUUUUAUUUUUAAUCUUUUGGAGUUUUUUAUAUUGAAAUAAUUUUAUUUGUUCUGCUUGUAUAUCCCUUGUUAAUUUUUUUAUUUUACAUUUAAUUUUAUUCUAUUAAUUCAUUUUUGUUUCCUUUUCCUUUAUAUUUUAUUUACUUUUAAAGCUAUUGAUCAGAAAGAAUUGAAUCAUGCUUGCAUUAGAAAAAUGUUAUGGUUUUUAUGCCCAACAAAUAUAAAUUAUUAUUCUUAAUACCAAUAUUUUGCAACAAUUUGGAUACUGAUUAAAUCUGAUAUUUGGAAAGUAGAGUUACUGCUAACAUCAGUUAAAAAACUUGGCAUGUUAUUCAAAAUGUUUCUUGUUUAUGUAAAGUUCAGUUUACAUAAACAGACAGACAUACAUACAUUCAUUUUGUGAACAGCCUCUAAGGUUAGUUUAAGGAAUUAUUCUCAUUUUCCAUACAAUUUCUCUAAUUCCAAACAAUUAUUUUGGAGCCAGAUCUGUUGAAUUUCCUAUUGUAAGUUAUAUUUCAGUUUUUAAGUGCAGAGUAUAAUCUGUAAAACUCUAGGGUGUUUCCCAAAAAGCAUAUGUAGUAAAAUUUUUAUUGACCUGAUAAAAUUUGUAGAACAUCUUUUCAUUAUUUGUCAUUAGACUAAAUGAAAUGUUUGAAAAUUCCAAGUAUGAAAUUCAAAUAAAGAAAUUUAACUCUUGCCAUAUUAAAAACUGUAUAUAAUUUAAAAAUUAGAAAUAUGUUCUAAAUCAAAACUACCCCCCCCCCCCCCCCACCUUAAACUUCAUAUUGAUCAAAAAGUAAAUGCAACACUGAACAUAUAUGUAUAUAAAAAAUAAAAUCACAAACAAAAAUUUAUUUGAAAUUUCUAAAUGAAGAAUGAAUUCAGAAGAUCUCUAACCAGUUACUUUCAUUGUCAAGUAAAAAAAAAAAAAUGUUUUCAGCUUGUUUGCUUUUUGAUGUUUUUCUUCAUUGUGCUUAAUUUUUGUAAUUUUUCUAUAAAUCAUGCAUUGUUAUUUAUAUGCAUGGUUUCAAAUUAUUUUUGUGAGUGUUUCUUUUUAUGUUAAAAUUCUAUAAAUUAGAGUAUUAAAAUGUUAUUUGACUUUUGUGUCUUCUACCCGUCAAGAUGAAAAGUUCACUGGUUUCUGGUAAAUGUAACAAAGUUAUAUUAGUUUUAAGCCUUAAGUGAUUAUUGGUAUAUGUUAUACUAUAUAAAAAUAUUUAACUUCUUUGCACUUGCUCAAAGUUCCUUGACUAUGUCGUAAUUUAAUAACUGCAAAUAUUUAAAUAUCUUGAUCUCUAUAAAUUGAAGAUACUUAUAUUCUGUAAUCUUUUUUUGUGUGUAUAUAAAAUAUUCUUAAAUACUGAUGAUCUAUCUGUACAGAUUGAAAUUUACUUUAUUGCAUUAAUGGUUUUAGCAAAAGCAAUACACUGUUUAGAACUUGCCAAUAAAUUAUUUUUUUAAACAUUUAAGAUAUUUAGUGUGCAUUUGUUAUAAUGAAUUUGUUUUCUGUUGCUGAUGUGUUGUGAUUAUGUGAUUUGCCUUAAU